GGAAGUCCAAGAUCAACCGACCCAUCUCACAGUAUGGCUCUUACUCAAGGACCAAAGCUUAGUUCUGAGGCUACCACAACCGGAAUAGCACGCCAGGAGGUCUUGGAGCGAUAUGAAGAGCUGCUAAUUGAACAAAAGUCCUCGCCAGAUCAUGUAUUCAUAAGUGGAAGUUCUUUUCGUGAGCUUGACCCAAAUUUGGUCGUUUUAGAUGAAAAGGCUCGCGAGCAUCCUCGGGAUUGGCUUGUUCCAAAGAAAAUUCGAGCCACUGCUAUGGUGGGAGCAUAUUGCUUUCUAAGUCCAUUCGCCAGUACAAUAUUCGCACCAUCUGUUCAUCUCGUCAUGGCCGAUCUCAACAUCACAGAUAGUACCUUGGGCGCUCUAGCAGUUUCCAUCUUUCUUUUCGGAUUCGCGAUCGGACCUUUGGUACUGGCCCCAAUGAGUGAGUUGUAUGGUCGUAGGUUGAUUAUCAACUGUGGCAAUCUUGUGUUUGUUGCAUUUUCGAUCGGUGCAGGCUUUGUUCAAACGCCUGCUCAACUCUUCACAAGUCGCAUAUUUGCUGGCCUAGGUGGCUCGGCAGCAUUGUCCAUUGUUGGUGGUACGGUCGCGGACAUGUGGGAUCUUAAGGCAAGACCAAAAGCUUCAGGCUUAGUUAUGCUUGGGCCUGUUCUGGGUCCUAUCCUAGGUCCAGUGUGUGGCGGUUGGAUGUCAGAGGCAGCAAGUUGGAGAUGGACUCUCUGGGUACCGGCCAUUGCAAGUGGCAUUCUGUCUGUCGCAGGCUACUUCUUCCUUCCUGAAACCUACGCACCGCGAGUUCUUCAGCAUAAGUUGCAGAAAAUGAAAACCCUUCACCCAGACAAGCAAUUCUAUACGGUACUGGAUCUGACUCAGUCUCCUUCUGGACUCAGGUUUCUGUUCAGUCAGUUCGUGAGACCUCUUGUAUAUCUUGCAGUUGACCCUGCAUUGGCACUAGCCUCAAUUUUCUAUGCAGUCUUAUUUGGAGUUGUCUAUUUAGUCAUCGUCACCCUUGCUGAUGUCUUUGGCCACGGAUAUGGGCACUCUGUGGGAUUUGUAGGAACCGACUUUCUAUCUGCCGGAGUCGGAAUGAUCAUAGGCACCUUUGGAACAAUUAGAGUCAUGGAAAUGAUCUUCAAGAAGGACACUACAACUGGCCAAAUGAAAUACAAACCAGAAUCUCGCUUGUUGAGUUGCAUUGUGGGGGGUAUUCUCAGCGUAGGUGGGUUGUUCAUGUAUGGAUUCUCAGCAAUGAGAACGCAUUAUAUUGUUCCACUUAUAGGCAUAGCAAUAUUUGCUUGUGGGACUAUGAAUAUAAUGCUGGCAAUACAAAUUUAUGCAGUGGAUGGUUUCAAAUACCCCGCCUCUGCAUUUGCGGCCAUCUCUGUUCUUCGAUGCCUCUUUGCUGGUUUCUUCCCUCUCUUUGGCCCAAAGCUUUUCGUUCGACUAGGUGUUGACUGGGGUGUUGGAUUGUUAGCAUUUCUUGUUCUAGGCCUGGGCACACCCAUGAUCACUUUACUAUAUAUUUUUGGUCCUCGACUUCGCAAAAUCGGCGUUCAACAUAUGAGUAGAUUUGAGGGAGAUAGUGGCUGAUCCUAAAUGUCAUCGAAUCGGUGAGCAAAGAUAGAGGAUCGACCCGGAAGCUACAUAUUCAUACAUAUUUUGCGUCACCGAAGAUGCCUACAGCCAGUUUUUAUUGUUUGAGGAAGGAAAGGUGAAACAAGUCAAUUAGUACUACACCAAAACUACUUUGGGUUAUGUGGGAAGGAUUUCGAGCAAAUGUAUAACACGAGGUCAAGUGCCAGAGUCUUCGAAUCCAGAGCUUUCAUCCUUUGGUACUUGUUUCCGCUG